AGAUCAGUGAGUUUAUGUAUAGGGUGCCCGGAAAUUUUUCCAAAUAAACACAGCUUGAUUCAACUUGGGUGGGCAGGCUUAUCAACAGACUAAUUCUCUAAACAAAUGAAGGAAAAACCCAGAAACCCAUUGGCUGGUACCAGAAAGACACGUGGAGAAAGCUUGGAGGUUUUUUUCCCCCCUUCUUCUUUUGCAAUGAAAUUUUAAUUAAUGUGGGUGGGCUGAGAAUUGGAGGACUGUUUAUCAUAGACAAUUUAUUUUCCAGUGCUAAGUCAACAUAAAAUAGCAAACUUACAACAAUUAUUUAACAUUUUUAAGCAAUGAAAAAGGGGACAGGGAGAGUACAAGCUGGGGAGGUUAGACUGGUGGGAUCCAGACUGCAGCUGAAGGAAAGCCCUACAGGAAGGCUGUACAGCUCUCUCCUGCUUCUCUAGGCACAGUCCUGCAGGAAAGCUUCACUAUGAGCAGGAUAUACAGCAGCCCCCUGCCUCAGCUAGGGAGUGACUUACACAGAUCCCCACUCGUCUACCUGUAUGGGGCAGAAAGGGCACUGGUGCCAGCCUUGGGCUUUGCCUCUACCAAUGUCAUCUCCAGACAAGAACCACCACAGAAGCCACCUUACAGUUACAUUGCCUUGAUUGCCAUGGCUAUUAAGGACUCCCCGGAUCAUAGAGUAACUCUCAAUGGAAUUUACCAGUUCAUUAUGGACCGCUUUCCUUUCUAUCACGACAACAAGCAAGGUUGGCAGAACUCUAUCAGGCACAACCUCUCUCUCAAUGACUGCUUUAUUAAAGUGCCCAGGGAGAAGGGAAGACCUGGCAAGGGAAGCUACUGGACUCUGGACCCCAAGUGCCUUGAUAUGUUUGAGAAUGGGAACUUCAGGCGCAGGAAAAGGAAGCCCAAGCCCAUUUUAUGUCAGGAAGGCAAGAGGCACAAGGCGGAGGCUGCAGAAUACAGGCUGGCAGAUGCUGCCUGUAAGGGCACUACCUGCAAGGUGGCAGGUAACACCGGGCAAAAUGGGAGCCAAGAUGCCCCCCUUGGCAGGAAGCCAACUUCUGCUUGCGAGAAAGACUCGGCAGGGGAGAUGUCUUCUUCUGAGGAUGAAGGGGGCUCUGGGGAUUACAUUAAAACCUCUCCAGCUCCUGAAUGUCAUAACCAAGAGCGGACCUCUGGCACCUACUGGAACAGCCUGCACCCAUCCUUCUACGUGUCAGUUCCUCUCCUGUCCGACCAGGUGACCUUAUCUAGCAAGAGGGAGGGGAGCCAAGCACAUGAGCAAGGCAACAGAUUGCUAGCCUGUGGGGCACAGGGGCAUUUAGGAGCCCCCAGCCCGGGAUCUAACAACGAGAAAGCAGGAGCCACUGAUGCCAACUGUAAGGAGGCUGAGCAACUAUCGCAGAAAAGCGCCAGGAGCUUCAGCAUAGACAGCAUCCUAUCUAGAAGUGACCAAUCGGCGCCAGAGUGUGGGGCCCCGGCACCCCCUGCUGUGUCAAAGGUGCCAGAGGACAAUGUAGCGGCUAGUUAUAGGUGCCAUGCGGCUGUGCCAAGCCCUUCUCUCUGCCCCCUCUUCAACGCCUCCCUAAUGGUUGAUCCCCAGGUGCAAGGUAAAUUCUACCAGAUCGGGCUCCCUAUCAUUUCCUAUUUCCCCUUAACCCUUUCAGACGCACGUUUUGCCCAGUAAAGUGAUGUAGUUGUGAGUAAUUGUUACCACAGCUGUAAGAAUGAAUGUGGAAACCCUGUCACUCUCCAAAUGCUGUUAUACUACGACUCCCAGCAACCCCCCCCCCCCCUCAGCAGCAGCAGUGGGCUUGCCUUGUAAUGCUAGGAGUUGUAGUUCGACAGCAUCAAUGGGAAACGAGAGGAGAGUGCAAGACACAUCUUCAAAUUAAAGGCAGGAAAUACUUUUGUAUAUUUAUAUAUCAUAGCAUUGCUUCUCCUUAUCCAUCGACUGCCUGAACUGUAAGUACAUAGUACAGCUCUCUGUCUCCCCAAUGGCAGUAGCCCAUAGCCAAGCUUAGUUAGUUCUUGUGCAAACCUUAUAUACAGCACGCUGCUUACACUACUCAUACUUCCACUAGCAUCAUUUUUUGUAUUUGUCACUGCUGUUCCUAUUUAAUGCUGUUUUGGUUGUUGGAAUAAUGGAGUAUUUGCUGGAAGAUGUAGCAGCCCCACAGCUGGUUUAUGGCAUUGGUUUUACCCUACUCCAUUCUGGAAUAAAAGCUCUAUUUCUA